AUGACAGUUGGCAAACGACUUCUCGUGUCGGUGUUCCCACUAGUUGUUUCGCUUGGAGUCGUCUUCGUUUGUGCUUCUCAAAAUGGAAGUCAUCCCAAUGGUCAGGAAGACGCUGGACAAGGCGAAGGGGCGUCAGGCAGACCGCCAGUUCAGCCGUCCGACGGUUCGAGAGGCCACAGACAUGGCGGCGCACGGCGUCAGACAGGAGAACGUCUUCCGCGACCUGAGGAUUUGUCCUUACCGCCAGCUGCUGUUGAUCCCGUAGUCGAAGAGCAGCGGCGCCGAGCGAUAUUGCAGCGACGGCAAGAAGAACAGCUGUUGGAGGCGCUACUUGCGGAACAACAAGUUAUCAUGCGUGGAAUUCGUGUACCGCCAGAGGCACAUCAACCACCCAGUCCCCCAGGUAGAGCAACGCAAGCGCAACCAAACGAAGAGACACAGGGCAUGCUAGAUUGCCGCUGUUCGGUUGGUUAG